AUGGAGACGGUCAAUACCACGGAUCGCUUGCAGGCGCUCCGUCACUUGAUGAGCCAGCACAAGGUAGACCUCUACAUCGUACCCUCCCAGGACGCACACUCGUCCGAAUACAUAGCCCCCACCGAUGCACGGCGGGAGUUCAUCUCGGGCUUCUCUGGCUCGGCGGGAACAGCUAUCGUCGCCCAGGAUCGGGCGGCGCUGGCGACCGAUGGACGCUAUUUCAACCAAGCGAGCCAUCAACUCGACUCGAACUGGACCCUCCUCAAGCAAGGAUUGCAGGACGUUCCAACCUGGCAGGAGUGGACGCUAGAGCAGGCAGAGGGUGGAAAGACGGUGGGCGUGGAUCCUACCACCAUUACAGCUCCCGAGGCUCGCAAGCUGGCCGAGAAGAUCAAGAAAAAGGGCGGCAAGGGAUUGGUCGCCAUCGCAGAGAAUCUGGUCGACAAGGUCUGGGCUAAGGACAAGCCCGCACGACCCAAUGAGCCAGUGCGCGUGCUGGAGAUGCAGUAUGCCGGCAAGAAGUUCCAGGAAAAGAUCGAGGAGCUUCGAAAAGAGCUCGACAAGAAAAAGGCUGCUGGUUUCGUGGUCAGCAUGCUCGACGAGAUUGCCUGGCUUUUCAACCUUCGCGGAAGCGACAUUCCCUACAAUCCAGUUUUCUUCUCGUACGCCGUCGUCACACCGACAACAACGACGUUGUACGUGGACGAGACAAAGCUACCGGACAACGCAAAGGCCCAUCUUGCUGGCAUCCAUAUCCGACCAUACGACGAUAUCUUUUCUGAUAUUGCCACGCUUGCAGCAGAGACGCCAACGACAGAUGGCGAAGGCAAAGCAGAUGCGAUGGCGAAGAAGAAGAAGAAGUAUCUCAUAUCUACGCAAGCAUCGUGGGCUCUACAGCGCUCCCUUGGGGGCGAAGAGAAUGUGGAUGAGGUUCGGUCACCGAUAGGUGAUGCCAAAGCCAUUAAAAACACGGUCGAGCUCGAGGGCAUGCGUCAAUGCCAUAUUCGUGAUGGUGCGGCUCUCAUCGAAUACUUUGCCUGGCUCGAACAUCAGCUUGUAGUCGAAAAGGUGGAGGUCGACGAGGUCGCAGGCGCAGAUAAGCUAGAAGCAAUUCGCAGCAAGCAUGACAAGUUUGCAGGCCUGUCUUUUGAUACCAUCUCCUCCACGGGUCCCAACGCUGCCGUUAUCCACUACAAGCCGGAGCCUGGCAGCUGCUCGGUCAUUGAUCCCAAUCAGGUCUAUCUCUGCGACUCUGGUGCGCAGUACUACGACGGUACUACAGACACAACACGAACAUUACACUUCGGCACGCCAGACGCAAAGGAGAUUGAGGCAUAUACGCUAGUUCUGAAGGGCAACAUUGGCCUCGAGCUCGCCGUCUUUCCCAAGGGCACAUCCGGGCUUGCAUUGGACACGCUAGCACGUCAGUACCUGUGGCAGAACGGGUUAGAGUACCGACAUGGGACUGGGCACGGCGUCGGCAGCUUUCUGAAUGUGCACGAGGGACCGAUUGGCAUUGGCACGCGCCCACAGUACUCCGAAGUGCCGCUGUCCGUGGGCAAUGUCAUUUCCGACGAACCUGGAUAUUACGAGGAUGAAAGCUUCGGCGUCAGGAUAGAGAAUGUAAUCAUGGUGAAAGAAGUCAAGACGAAGUACAACUUUGGCGACAAGGCGUACUUUGGCUUCGAGCAUGUCACAAUGGUUCCGCAUUGUCGCAGACUGACGGAUAUCUCGAUGCUGACGAAGAUUGAGCUCGAUUACAUCAACGCCUACCACAAGGAAGUGUGGGAGAAGACGAGCCCGUUCUUCAAAAACGAUGAACGGACGCUCAAGUGGCUAGAGAGGGAGUGCCAGCCAUAUGAGCAGUAA